AUGGCGUACAGCACGCGCGUCGUGCGCACCAAGUACGGGCCGGUGCGCGGCCUGGUGCUGCAGCAGACGGUCGAGGCCUUCCUGGGCGUGCCGUACGCGUCGCCGCCCGUGGGCGCGCUGCGCUACAUGCCGCCGCUGACGCCGUCGCCGUGGAGGCACACGCGCCUCGCCGACGCGCUGUCGCCCGUCUGCCCGCAGCGCACGCCCGACAUCUCCAACCGCAGCGACGCGCUGCUGCGCUUCCCGCGCGGCCGCCUGCGCCAGCUCGAGCUGCUGCUGCCGCUGCUCGCCAACCAGAGCGAGGACUGCCUCUACCUCAACCUCUACGUGCCGCGAGCCGGUGAGUAG